GCACCACCAGGCCAGCCCUCAUGCCUGCCAUUUUUGAAGGUCAGUGUUGCUAGACUGGUAGAGGAAGGUGGGGAGGGAAGUAAUAGGAAAUGAGGUCAGAUAGGUAAUAGAGGCCUAAUCUUAUAGGGCCCUGUAAGCCACAGUGGGAUCCACAGGAGGGUUUUGAACAGAGGUGGGAGAGGAUCUGACUUGGUUUUAAAAGGAUCCCUCUGGCCAUCGUGAAAAUAUAUUGGUGGGGGAUGAGGUGUAGAUGAUAAAGGGGGAAGCAGGAGAACAGUGAGGAGGCUGCUGCAGUAAUCACUUGAGUUGGAUUCACUGUUUCCUGGGUUCACUGUUCUGGGCAUCCUUCUUCAGCUUUGGAAAAUUAACUUCUAAUACGUUUUUGAUAAAUUUUUCUUCAUUUUUUUUCUGUUCUUUCUGUCUAGGACUCCUAUUAUGCAGCUAUUGAACGUUCUGGAUUAAUCUCUCUCUCUUAAAUUUUCUCUCAUACUUUGUGUUUCUUUGGGGUUUUUUUGCCCUACAUUCUGGGAAAUUUCCUCAAUUUUAUUUCCCAGUCCUUCUGUUGAGUUUUUUUUAAUUUCAGCCACCUAUUUUUCCAUUUCUAAGGAGUCCCUAUUUCUUCUGAUUGUUCCUGUUUUGUGUCAUCUAGGUCUUGUUUUACUCAUGUUACAUCUUCUUGAAUUUUGCUGAGAAUAUUACCAUUUUUUUCUGAAAUUCUCUUUUGUUUCCAAAUUUUCCAGAUUGCUCUGGUGUCAUUGUUCCAUUUGUUUAUUUUAGGUUUUCUCUUUCAUGAUGCAGUUUCCCUUAAUUUGCUUGAGGAUCUUUGGUUAUCCAUUCUUAGUGAAGGGAAAAGGACUGGUAUCUGAUGUGGGUUUCUCUGUUGUUAUAUAAGCAGGGCUAUUUUCUAGCUAGGGCUCUCCUCCAUAAGGAAAUUCUGACAGGAAACUUCAUGUGGACUUGGGGGAGGUGGCAACCAACAGGCUAUGGGUUGCCCAAAUACUGAAAUCAGAAAGCUUUUUUCUGUAGUACCAAAUGCCAUAAGACAAGUCUAAGUGUUCCCUACACAGUUCGUAAAACACCGGUAGAGAUUUUGCCUAAAGGUAAGUGCUGGAGCUGCAUGUGCUCUAUGUGGGUGGAAAGGGCAGAGAGAUAGGGGUUCUGAGUGAUGCCGAUAUCCCAUGAGCAGACCUUCAAGUAAUUUCCUUUUUCUCAGCUCCACUCCUCACUCUCGCCCUCCACAGUACCUGCAGACACAGUCCAGAGCAUCUGCGGGUUCCCACAGACAGAAUGACAACCAUCAACUUGGCAUCUCCCCAGCCCUCCCACACAGGUCUUUGGAGGGACAGGAAGCUUCCCAUACUUUUGAUCUCAGUCAGGCCUCAUCCCGCUCUGGUUCUAGCAGCUGAUAUUUCCUGAAUUCUUACCAUAUGCCAAGCAUUCCAAAAGUAGAACCUCACUCAAUCUUCAUAGCAACUUUAUGAAGCAGGUACUAUUAUUAUUCAUUUUAUAGAUGAGGAAACUGAGGCUACAGAGUGAUUAAUUAACUUGCUCGAUAUUACACUGUCAGUAAGUGGCAGAGCUGAGAUUCAAACCCAGAUGGUCUGAAUCCAGUAGUUCUAUUUUGAACCGCUAUGUUAUAUUUUCAGUCCUGCCCUAGCCUGUCUUGGCCUCUGACUAUUCUGGAGAUUGUCUCAUAUCUGUGGGACUCCUAAUUUGUUCUGGAACCCUAAGUAAGUCUCUCCUGUCUCAAGGCUAAAAAGUCAGUGCCAGAAAGGACCAGGAUUGGGCCCUUGUCCCACCAACCCCUCUCUCAUAUCUGCUACCUCUUUAAGAUGAUCAAUGCUAAGUGACCUUUCUUUGGCUUCAGUUACUGGGCUCCUGUGGAUGUUUAUAGGAAAGAAAAGCCCCACCCUGAGCCAACAUAGCAAACAGACAGACCCAGCACUCUAGUAUGUUUGGUUUCCAUUCAUUUUACAGCUGGAUGAGGGGAAAACGGGAGGCAUGGAACUGGCCCCUCUCCAGGCAAGAUGCCACCCCCAGCUCUUGGACAACCUUGGCUUGUGUGGGCCUCAAUGCCACAUUCAGAGCCUUCUCCACCCUUAAGGAUAGUCCCUCCCUCUCAAGAGAAGGGAUACCUCGAGGUUUAAAAGAGCAAGAGUUUGGAGAUCGGGCUCAGACCUUCUGGACGCAAACAACAGACCCAGGCCAAAGGCGGCAUCAUGUGUGAGUGGAGGUGCCUCAUCUGUGUCAGCUUUUUGCUGACCAUUCUACUUGAACUGACAUACCAGGGACCUCCAGGCUGCCCCUGAUCAAGCACAAAGCUGUUGAUGACAAACUAUUCACAGUGUUCUACUGUGGUUUCCCGCUAUGCCCACACCUUGGUCACCUCUGUCUUGUUUAAUCCACAUUCUGAGGCCCAUGAAGCUGUCUUUGACCUGGAUCUGCCUCGCCUUGCCUUUAUCGCAAUUUCACUGACCAUCAACAAUGAAGUCUACAUUGCAGAAGUCAAAGAGAAGCAUCAGGCAAAGAAAAUCUAUAAGGAAGCCCAUCAGCAGGGAAAGAUAGCUGCUCAUGUAGGCAUCAUGGACCCGGAAUCCGAGAAGUUCCACAUGUCCACCAGCCCAGCAGCAGGCACAGAGGUGGAAUUUUCCCUGGCCUAUGAAGAGCUGCUACAAAGGCACCAGGGUCAGUAUCAGCUGAUGGUGAGCCCGAGGCCUAGCCACUUGAUGAAAAGGCUGAGUGUAGAGGUCACACUGUCAGAAAGGAUGGGCAUUGGCUAUGUUCACAAACCACCUUUGAGGACCAGUCGCCUGCACACCAACAUCCAUACCAGUGACGCUGACUCGCCCCCAUCCACCAGGACUGAGAGGGCAGAGAUCCGUGUCCGAAUCACUUUCUACCCGACACUGCAAGACCAGUCUGCCUUCUCCAGCUCAGGCAUCACGGCCGACUUCACAGUCCAGUAUGACGUAGUCCUGGAGGACGUCACGGGAGAUGUGCAGAUUUACGCUGGCUAUUUUAUUCAUUACUUUGCUCCCAGAGGCCUCCCACCUGUCGAGAGAAACGUGGUGUUCGUUAUUGACGUGGGCGGCUCCAUGUUUGGUAUCAAGAUGAAACAGACUAAAAAGGCCAUGAAUGUGAUCCUUGGUGACCUGCAGGCCAAUGACUACUUCAACAUCAUCUCCUUUUCUGACACAGUUAGUGUCUGGAAAGCUGGAUGCUCCAUCCAGGCCACCAUCCAGAAUGUUUAUGAUGCCAAGGACUACCUGGGCCACAUGGAAGCUGGUGGCUGGACCGACAUCAACACAGCUCUGCUGGCAGCUGCUUCAGUGCUGUACCCUAGCAACUAGGAGCCUGGGAGGGGCCCCAGUGUGGGGAGAAUCUCUCUUAUCAUCUUCCUGACGGAUGGGGAGCCCACAGCCGACAUGAUGACCCCCAGUGUGAUCCUCUCCAACAUCCUUCAGGCACUGGGCAACAGGGUGAAUCUUUUCAGCUUGGUUUUUUGGGAUGAUGCUGACUUCCCACUGCUACGUCACCUGUCCCUGGAGAACUGGGGAGCAGCCUGGCACAUAUACAAGGACACUGAUGCAGCCCUACAUCUGGAGGGCCUCUACAAGGAGAUCUUCAUGCCUCUGCUGACAGAUGUGCGUCUGGACUACCUGUGGGACUUAGUUGGGGCCUCCCCUUGGGUCCUUUUCCCCAACUACUUUGGUGGCUCAGAGCUGGUGGUGGCAGAACAGGUGCAACCAGGUGAGCAGAAACUAGGCAUCUACCUGGCAACCCAUGGCCCCAGGGGUCAGCUUCUCAUGUCCCGCCACAGUGAGGUGGCCACCAACAGCAGCCAGAAGGCCUUUGUUUUCCCAGGGGAGCCAGUCCCCAAUGUAGCCCACUUCAUCUGCCACCUCUGGGCAUAGGUCACCAUUGGAAAACUGCUGGAGGCACGCUUCCAAGCCUGUGAUGCCACCACUUACCUGUUGGCUGCCGAAGUCCUCAACCUGUCACUUGAAUACAACUUUGUCACACCUCUGACUUCACUGGUCACGGUGCAGCCCAAGGAGGCUGGUGAGAAGGCCAGGAGACAGACUCCCACCACAGGUGGACCAGGCACCAUCAUGCCCUCAUCCACCAGCAGGCAUGGCCUAGGGGCAGGCACAGCCUGACCAGCUUUGGCAGCUAAGUUCUCUCCCAAAUCAAGUCUUGUGAAACCAAAGUCCUACUUAUCCUCAACUACUCCUGCCUCUACAAAGAAGAUGCCUAGUUCCAAGGAGUUGGAGCCACUGGGUCAGAGCCGUAGUACUCUAUCCACUCCAGCACAGUCAAAGCCCAAAAUUUCAACACAACAGGAUUCUGGAACCUUGGCUCAGCCAACUCUCAGGAUGAAACUGGCUGCCCUUGUGCCUUCAAAUUCUAGUGCUCUAUUGCUUCUGAAGCCUAGUACAUCACCACACCAGAAUCCUGGUACCCUAUUACCCAUGAAUUCUAAGACACAAGUCCCACCUCUGAAUCCUGGCACUCCAUCCCAACCCAAAGCUGGCAUUAUGAAACAUGUUUCUCCACUGCACUGCAAACACGGUGCUCCAUCACAAUAAACUGGAUGCCCCAACACACCCCAACCUGGGGUAUUCACAUCACAGUCACCCAAAAGGCUGCCACAGCCCAGGCCUGAAGUCUCCACACUUCAGAUCCCCAAAUACCCACCACACACCAAACCAAGAGUUCCUCCUUCCAAGAGCCCAAAUAACCUGCCGCACUCUAGACCUGGGAUCCUCUUACCCAAGACCUCUAAAAUUCUGUCACCUCUUAAAUCUAGUGCCCCACCUCACCAAACUUCCCUCAGUUUAUCACUUUCCAAACCUAGGACCUCAAUCCCCAACAAACCCAAAACCCCAUUACCCACUAGACCUACCAGAUCCAGGCCCCUACCUCCUCAGAGCCUAAGCACAUUCCCAAGAGUCUCAAGUCCUACAAGUCUCAGCAGUACCAUAACCACCUCUGUUCUUAGAGAACCCCUCCCUACUCCCUUUCACCCCACUCUGCCCUCUCUCCUGCCCCCUGGAAGGCUCUGGCAUCAGCAUAACCUGCUGCCAGAACUCCAAAACACCAGGCAAAUUCUGAGACCAUCUGUGUCAGGAGUCCCAACAAUGGGCCUACCCAACAGCUCCAGCCCAAUGCCAGAAGGCAGCCCCUCAAACCUGCCAGUCUUGACUUCUAGCAUCCUCCCUGAGGCAGUCAGCCUGCUUCUUCUCCCUGAGGAGCUAGAGCUGCUCUCUGAGUCAAUGGUGGAAUCCAAGUUUGUGGAAUCCUUGAACCCACCAGCUUUCUAUAUUUUCCUCACUCCUGACAAAGAUGGGAAUCCACAUUGGGAUGGCAAUUCUAAAGACAUCCUGGGAGGAGCUGGAAGUAGGAUGGACUCUCAGGAAAGCUCUACUGGACUAGCAAAAUGGUUUCCAAACGUCUCCACCUUCUCAUCCUCAGUGGAUGGGGACACCCACUUUGUAAUUCACAUGCCACGCUCAGAAGAGAGGAUCUGCUUCACAGUGGAUGGGCAUCCAGGGGACCUGCUACAGCUCAUAGAUGAUCCGAAGGCAGGGCUGCAUGUACAUGGACAGUUGCUUAGGGCACCACCAAGGCCAGGCCACAAGGACCAGACCCAUACCUACUUUCAGAUCAUCACAGUUACUGCAGACAAACCCCAGGCCUACACUAUGAUCAUCACUUGCAGUUCUAUAUCUGUGCAAGGCAAGUGUACCUCGCUCCUGUCCUGGGACCAGCCUGCCCUACUGAGGAGGCCCCAGUUGGAGCUCCACGUGGCUGCUGCAGCCUGCCUCACCAUCCACCUUGGGCCCCACCUCAAGCUCCUAGUCCUCUGGCACCACUACAGGCACCCCAGCACUCUGAAACUACCCCAUCUGGGGUUCUAUGUGGUCAAUGGCUCAGGUCUCAACCCCUCGGCCUGUGGCCUGCUUGAGUAAUUCCAGCACACAGACAUCCGGUUGGUGGCAGGGCCUACAGGACCAAGUCUGCAGAGGCACCAAGGCCCAGAUGUGCCUGUGGUUCUAGGCAAGAGGCUGCUGAAGGAUUCACCAGGGAUGCUGCCCUGCUGGGCUUCCUGCUGGCUGGUGAAGUGCUCUCAUGUACAGCAGCUGCUGGGCCACCCUUACCUUGCCUAUGUCCUGUUAUAGUCCCUGAACCUCAGAGCCAGGAGAUCUGAGCUUGGGAGAUCCAGAGGCCAGGGCAAGAAGUGAGCCAGAAGCAAAGACUUAAGGACAUGGAGACCGACACAGGGAUACACACUCUCACACAUGUGCUAAGUGACAUAUAUACAAGGACACAUAGACAUGCAGACCUAUCCACCUAGAGGCUUAGGGACUUCUGCCUCCUCACAGUCCUUCCUGUCUCCAGUCUCCACUCUCUUCAACAUACUCCAUACCAGCCUUAGAAGUGACUUUUUUAAAACAAAAAACUGACUGAGUCACCAGUCAUACUCACAACCUUCUCUGGCUCCCAUGGUAUAUUUAAGGGUCUUGGAGUUCCUCUAACAAACCAUGCUCUCUACCACUGCUAGGCCUUUCCUUCUACAUGGGAUGCCCUUUUUUGGUUUCAUGUAGGUAGAUUUUAUGCAUCCUUCAAGUCUUACAUGUCACUUCCUCUAGAAGGCCUUCCCUGACCUUUCUCCUAGAUUGAGUUCAGUUCCCUCUGUGUUCCUAUAGUCCACCACACCCCAUCCAAACUCAUAGAAUGUAUCAUACUGUGUAGUAGUCAUCUAUUUAUUUGUCUGGAUCUCUGGCUUAGAUUGAGCUUUUUGAGGGCAAGGACCUUUACUGAAUCAUUUAUGUAUCUCCAGUACCUGGUACAUAGUAGGUGCUUAGUAAAUAUUUGCUGAAUGAAUGAACAAAAAAAGGAACAUCAGCAGACACACAUGUAUACAUACUUACAACCAAAGAUACAGGACCAUACACAGAAAGACAGCAACAAGGACACAGACGUGGAUGGGGAAAUAGAGCAAUAGAGACACAUGAAAACACAAGGCAGAGGGAUCUCAAAACAAAGAAAAUGGAUGUAGGGACAUGUAGACAUACAAAGAUGGGUUCAGGGAGCCAGAGUGACAGCAUCAGGGACAUACACCCAGAGAAACAGAUGCUCUCUUGCUGGGCUUCUGUAUCCCCAUUGUAAGGUAGUGUCUCUGUCACAAAGAGGCAAGGAGACAAAAACAAGGUCACCAAGAGACAGUCACACAAUGACUAAUGUGAAGACACUGAGACAUAACAACGUACAAACUAAGAGAUAGAUAUGCACAAAGAUUCAGACACAGGAGCAAAAGGGUCAAGACACAUAAUGACACACAGAGACACAGGGACACAGAGGUAACCAGGGAGAUAUUAGUCAAGACCAGAGUCCAAGACACUAAGGACAGAGAGUUAGAAACACAGAGACAUACUCACAUGCUGACUUGCAGACAUUGAGUGGGAGAUGAGAGGAGAACACAAAGACACAGGACCAGACACCUAUAAGGAUAUAGAAACAGAGACGUUACACAGACCCAGACUUGGUGACAAAGACCCAAGGACACAGGCACAUGCGGAGGAACACACUAAAAGUGACACAGGAGCACAGACUUAUAUAUUUAGAGAUCCAGUGAUGAAGACAUGCGGAUACAGGCACCUGAAUGGUGACAAACACCAGCAAAGAGAUAGGGGUCAGGUCAGGUAACAGAAACAUAAGGACAAGCAAGGUAGAGGCCCAGGUGUAAUGGGGACAUUGUGACACAGUGACAAGGACACAGGAAUUCAGAGACAGAGAUCCUAAAACAAGUAGACAUAGGGAUAUGAACCCACAAAUACAGUCAUAUAGAUACAGGCUAGACAUAGGGACAGAAACACAGGGACACAUCUGGAAGGAUCAAGAUAGGAACAAAGAAACCUAGACACAUAGAAACAGACACACAGCCAUAAGCAAAUGGGAAGAGACAUGGUCACAAGGAAAUAUAUCCAGAGAGGCAGGGAUGAAAAAACACAGAAUCAAGAUACACCUGGGGACACCCAGAAAUAGAGACACACAAAUAGGCAACCAAGACCACAAAGGAAGGGAUGGGGACAGUGAAUCAGACCCAGGGACACAGAGAUAGUGGCUCAAAAAUAAAAAGACAUGGAUCUAGAGACCAGACACAAACAGAGAGACAGGGACACAGAAAUGGUGAGUCAGAUCAAAAUAAAACCAGGGACAGAGGAAGACAAAAAGAGAAACAGAUGCAGAGAGACACUCUGACAAGCGGACCCAUAGAAGCAGCAUCCCCCUCCCACCGCCAUCGUGGGGACCCAGAGAAAAAGACCUAGGGACUGAGAAAGGGAGUUAUUGAGUCACAGGACAAUUUAUGACACAGCCACACCAACAUUAAGAAACAAUAACAUAGAGACAUUGGUAAAAGCUGGGGAAAAUAGAGAAGUAGGAUAAAUACCAAAUGCUCACCAACAAAGGGCACAUGGAAGGAGGCGUAUGCAGAUUCAUGAGCACAGACACUGAAACACAGAGGCUCAGAGAGAGACACUCAGACCCAGGGAACACAGAGAAUCUGGGACAAAAAUUAGAUCACAGAGGUUCAGGGAUAUGCAAAGACUUGGGGAUACACAGAGAUAGGAACACACAGACACUGGAACACAGAAGUUAAUGGGCGCCCAGAUGCAGAAAUGAACAGACCCUAGAUCACAUGCAAAGACUCAGGGACCUUUAAAGGUUCAGGGACAUGCAGACUCGGAGAUGCACAAUGACUCAAGGACACAUAAAGACUCAGGAACAUGCAAAGAUUCAGGAACAUGUAAAGAAUGAGGAACACACAAAGUCUCAACAAUGCACAGAAAAAGGGAUGCACAGACACUUGAACACAGAGGCUUAUUGGAUGCCCAGAUGCUGAAACAUGGAGAUCCAUGGGAACACAGAGAGAGGGAGACACAGAUUCCAGAUUGCAAAGGCUCAGGAUGUGUAAAUAUUCAAGUACAUUCAAGGACAAGUAUUCACAGGCACUCAAACACACAGAUCAGGGACACAGAAAAACAAGGACAUAGAAGCAGGGGAAUACAGAUAGAGACUUAGGGACACCCAGAGAUAGGGAUAUACAUACGCUGAAACACAGAGACUAAUAGGAUGUACAACACAGGGAUGCAUAAAGAAUGGAACACAGAAACUCACAGACUAACAGGGGGCCAAGGACAUGCAGAUACUGACCACAUUAUCCAAUGGAAACCACAGACACCAGAACACAGAGACAUUGGGACACAGAAACUUUGGGAAACUGAAAUAUGCAGACACUGAAACAUAGCCAGAAACUUGCUCAUACAGAUAUUAAGAUACAUACAGCCAUUGGGAAACAUAGGCAACCAGUAAUACACACGGAGACACUGACACAUACAAACACUUAACACACAUAGGCACUAGAACAGACGUCAGAAUACAUAGGGACACUGGCACACAGAGACAAUGGGAUCACACACUACUACACAGACACUGGGAUACAGAGGGACACAUAGAACCUACGUACACACACACACACACACACACACUGGGAUACACACACCACUGGGGCACAAGGAGACUGGGUUACAGAGACUGAAGCACACAAAAACUAAAACUCAGACACACACAAUGAUAUGUUGACCCUGGGACACACAGACAAUAGGAUACAGACAUUGAGGCACACAGACACAAAGACAGAAAAACACUGAGACACACACACACUUUGACUCACAAGUAGUGGAACAUGCAAAUACUGGAAUAUACAUACACUGAGGUACACUGGCAUUGGGACACACAGAAAAUGGGAUACAACCUGUGACAUACAAUUAUUGAAGUUUAUAGAGACAGUGGCACAUACAAACACAGGACUAUACAGAACUGGACCAUACAGACACUGGGUCAAACAGACAUUGUGACACACAGAUACUGGGCUACAGAUACUGAGGUAUACCGAAACUAAGAGACACAUGCAACAUGCAAAUGGCCACUGGGUACACAAAUGUUGGGACACAUAGAAACUGAGGAACAUACUGGGAUAUACACAGACACCAAGACUCACAGACACUAGAACAUACAGCCAUUAGGACAUAAACAGAUAUUGGGAUACCCAGGCAUUAGAGUACAGAGAGGCUGUGAUCUACAGACACUGGGAAAUAUACAGAUACUGUGACACACAGUCAUUUUGACACAAAGACUCUGGUGCACAGUCAGAGGUAGGGACAGAAGUUAGGACUUAUAGACACUGAGGUUCACAGACACUGGGAUAGAUAAACAUUGAGACACAUAGACACUUGGCUGUAUAGACACUGGGACACAGCCCCUGAGACACAUAGACACUUGGAUGUACAGAGACACUUAUGGAUAUAGUCACUGGGACACUCAGGCACUGGGAAACAGGGUGCACAGACAUUGAGACAAAUAACCACUGGGAUAUACAGACACUGAGACACAUACACACUGACACAUACAGAUGUUGCAGUACACAGAUAUUGGAAUACACAAACACUGGGGUCUUCUGAAACUGGGACAUACAGACACUGGGAUACACAGACUUUGGUAGCAAACACUUAAACCUACAAAUAUUGGGACACACAAACACUGGGACAUACAGACACUGGGAUAUAACUUCUAAGGCACACAGAAGCAUUUGGAACUUAGACACACUACAACAUGCUGACACAGGGACGCAGUCACUGAAACAUACACACACUGGGAUAUGCAGACUCAAACACACAGAAAUUAGGGUGCAGACACAAAAGCACAGAAAAUACCAAAACAUAUAGACACACUGAAAACACGCUUACUCUGGAACACAGUCACUGGAACACACAAACACUGGGACAUACAGACAUUGACACAGACCCUGGAACAUAGUCAUUGGGACAUGCACAGACACUAGGAUACAUAGACACAGGAACUUACAGACAUGGGGAUACACUGACACUGAGACAUGCAGACACUCUUUUCAGAGAUAUUGAGACACACAAACACUGGCACAAAAAACUAGGGCACACAGACUUGGAUACAGACGCUGAGGCACACAGAAAUACUGAGACUGAGAUACACAACUAGCAUGCUAACACUGUGACACACAGACACUGGGGGUACAGACACUAAUGCACUCAUUUACAGAGAUAAAGAGAAGUUGAUAUACACAGACAUUGUGGUAAAUAAACACUGAGACACAUAGACAUUAAGACACACAGACACUUGGAUAUACAGAGACACAGAGACAUACAGCGAUUGAGACACUCAGACACUGGGACACAUAAAUACUGGUGCACAGUCACUAGGACACACAGACACUGAGAUAUACAGGCACUGGAACACAUAGAUACUGGUGCACACAUAUGGGGUACACAGACAUUGGGACACACCAACACUGGGACAUUCACAGAGUAUGUGACAUACAGACACUAGAAAAAACAGGCAUUGGGAUGCACAAACACUAGGACAUACAGACAUGGGGACACACAGACAGUAAGACACAUAAACACUGAGAUGUACAGACACUGGGUUACAUAGGCACAGGGACAGAGAAACUGAGACACAAACACACACACACUGGGACUUACAGAGACAUCAAGACACAUAGACACUGAGAUAUACAAACAUCAAGAAAUACACAACAUUGGAACAUACAGACAAUAAGAUGUACAGACUGGGAAAUAGGCAUUAGCAUAUACAAGGACACAUUGGGAUGCACAAACAAAAGCACACUUGGUCAGUGGGACACACAGAAACAUUGUAACACACACAGUCACUAGGACACACAGACCAUGGAGCACACAGACUGGGAUAAACAGUCAUUAGCACAUAUACCCAGACCCUGCAACACACAGACAUUAGGAAACACAGACACUGAGAUGUACAGCCACUGGGACAUAUUGAAACUGAAGAAACAAAGACGCUGAGAUAUAGACACAUACUAAGACACACUAACACUGUUCAAUACAGUCAUUGGGACAUGUACAGACACUGGAACACAGAAACAGUGUCAGCUACACAUAGGAGGAAAUACCAACACCAGGAAAUACACAUAUUGGGAUAUACAAACACUGACCCUAAGACACAUAGACACUUGGGCAUAGAGAAAAGCUAAGACAUACAGUCACUGAGACACUCAACCUCUGGAACACAAAGACACUAGGAUAUAAAGACAUUAGGACACACAGGAGCUGAAGUAUAUUGACACUUGGACACACUAUCACUGGGAUAGACAUAAACACUGUGACACUCAGACAUUGGGACACAAAGACACUGGGAUACACAAACAAUGGGACAUAUGGACAGUAGAAUAUACAGACAAUGAGACACAAAGAAUCUAAGAAACGCAAAGAAUCUGAGGUGUUUUGGAUGCUAGGUCUUGCAGGACCAGAGUGCUUUACCAUCGGCAAAGAGGAGAAAAGGCAAGAAUAGGGGACAGAGGGGCCUCAUCCUGAGUCUUGAGACAGCGGUAAGCACGAGAGUGCUCUAUGUGAGGAGAGUGCCGACUAGAGAGGAAGCUGGAUGGCAAGGGGAAACAAGUGAAGUGGAGUGAGGGAGUGUGGAUGAGAAAUGUGAGCUUUCUCCUAUGGCCAAAAGAACUAGUGCAGCCCGUGGCAAGAGGUGGAGGUGUUUGGAGCCAGCCUUGAGGAGCUUGGUCUGAUAGGAUGGGAGAAAGAGUAAAGGGGAGAAGAACGGGCCUUGUUGAGGUGUUAGUAAGUGGGAAUGAACAAACACAAAGGCUCCAUCCUUGGCACACAUUCACACUCUUCAUUCAUUCAUUCAAUAAACUUUUUAUCACAGGCUUCCUCUGUGCUGGACCUUGUGCUGGGCCGUAGGAAUAAAACAGAUAAUGUGACCCAGGCCCUGUCUUUCAGGAACAUUGAGGCUGCUUGAGGAUACACAUGUUGCAGCAGACAAUAAUGACACAAUAUGAACAAUGCUAGAAGAGAGGUAAGCCUAGGGGUCUGUGGGAACCCAAGGAGCUCAGGGAAUCCAGACUGGGGGUCAGGACAGGUUUCCAGAUGAGGCAAUAUCAAGGCCUAGUCUAGAGGUAGAAAGAAUAAUUAGUCAAAAAGGAGGCAGCGGCAAGGAAGAACAUUGCGUACAGAGGGGUUAUCUUGAACAAAGCCUGAAAGAUUCAUUCUUUUAUUCAUUCAUUAAUUCCACUAACAUUAUUGAUCACCUAGUAUAUACCAACCACUGUGGUAGGUGUUGGGAAUUCAUAAGUAAACAACUGGACAUAGUUUAUGUACUCAUAGAGCUUACCUUCUAUAAGGAAAAAAAGAAACUACUAAAUAUGUGCAGGGAACACUUCAGCAUAGCAGGAACAGAGAGAUCAAGGCGGGAAGAGGAACAUCAGAUGAGAUGUGAGAGGGAGGCAGGAGCCAGAUCAUGGAGGUUCUUGUGGGCUGUGGUAUUUGGACUAGUACAGUGGCAAUGAGUUGGAGAUAUAAGGGCAGAUUUCAAAGAUAAUAAAGAGGUAGGAGGGAGGAAUUAUGAUGACUGAUUUGAUUGGAGGUGAGAGAGAGAAAGGAGUCUAGCGUGGCUUCUAUGUUUAUUUCUAGCUUGGGCAACUGGGUGAAUGAUGGAGCCAUUUCUUAGAAUAGAGGGACAUAGAAGAAGUAGGCUUUUAUGGGGAGCCUACAUUAGUUUAAGGUGACUGUGGGCCUCCCAAAACAUUUAUUCAUUAAUUAAUCACACCUCUUUCUCCGAACGUCUUGAUAUUUCAUAAAUCUCUUUGUUAGGAUGAUUUUGCUUGCAAGCAAUAGAAAAUCCAACUCAAACUGCCUUAAUAAAGGGAAUUCAUUGGCUCAUGCAACUGAAAAAAAUUCAGAAGUAGGGUGGGUCUCAGAUGAAUACUGAAUCAGUUCAGCUCAAUGAUGUCAAUGACGUCAACACAGUGACAUCCAGCUUCUUUCUAUCUCUCCACUCUGCCUUCCACAGAGUUGCUGUAUCCUAAGCUUGGCUCUCCUAAUCACAGGGUGACUGCCAGCAGCAACAACAACUGAGCAAAACUCCUGAGCUUUCAUUCUAACUUGGGUCCAUGCCCACUUUAGAACCAAUUAUUGCGUCCCUGGAUAUAGGGUUGUGCUAACUGGCUUAGGCCAAAUCUGGGCCCAUUCUUGGAUGUAAGGGUUGGGUCAGCCCCACUCGAGUACAUGGCUGAUACAUAUUAGGUGAGGGGUGAAAUGUAUGCUGGAUAGACCACUGAGCCUGUUACUACAUUGGAAUAAAUGGCUUGGCUGCAGUAAACACUGUAAACCAGGCCAAAAGAAUAAGUACCCAGUAAUGAUGGAGUAGUAAUUGUACCAGAAGACUCACACAAGAUAAAACUACUGCAAUGCAUCCAAAAACCUUGAGCUUCCUAGAAGCCAUGGCACAAAAUGACAACACAGUGAUGAGUUCUGAAGGUGAUCUUCAUGUAGCUGUUUCUUCAUAGUAGCAAAUGACCACUGUCAUAACAGUCACAACCCCCUCUAUCCUUUAUAUAAGUUGAGUUGAAUCUACAAUAUGGCAAUGCUACUAUUAACAGAGGAUAAAAGUGAAGCCAGGAGUGUACAUGAUUUACUUUGGAGGACAAAGCAAGUCAAUGGCAGAGCCAGGACCGAAACCGUCAAUGUGUCUUAGCUGAAAGCAAUAGAAAUAAACUCUGGCUGAUUUAAAUAGAAAGGAAUUUGUUAAACAGGUAUUAUAUAGCUCACAGAGUCUGGGAGAGCUGUAAAACCAGAUCCAGAGACAACAUAGCCAGGUUGAUGCCCAGAAUCCCACUUCAGAAUCUUCCCAGAGGAGACACUACUUGUGACACCACUGGAAACUAGAUGCCACCAUUUGCAGUUCUCAGCUACUGACCCUUCCAUUGCCUCUGGACCCAGAUGUAGCUGCUACAGCUGCAUUCACCCAUCACCCGAAUGAAUUCCAUGCAAUCCCUGCUUCCUUGAGCAUUAACUUCUGAUAAGAAGUCUAGGAUAAGUUAUUCUAACUGGUGGAGUCUAGUCAUGUGUCCAAGCCCUAGUUGCAAAGGAGGCUGGGAAAGUGAGUAAGUGGUCUUUUCAGCUUCUAUUGUGGCAGGUGGGCUCUGCCUCAUAAAGCAGGGUAUUGCCAAGGACAGGAAAGGAAUUGGUAACCAAGAAUAGUGGUAAAUAUCCACUAUACCUGGCUUAUUGCUACCCUAUCCGUGGUUUUUACAAUGAAGGUCCUUAUUGUUCAACUAGAUGCUCAAAAACUAUUUCCUGAGUAUAGUCAGCUAUCAACACUAGGAGGAAAAUGUAGGGGGUGGGAGAGAGAUGUCUCCCUGUCCUCCUCCCAGGCUGGUUGGAGUGUUCCAACCACACAGGGGCCCUUUGGAAAAUAUCAGCAAAUACUCUGGGACAAGGUUUAAGACUGAGAGAGCUUCCAGAGGAAGUGAGGCUUGGUCUGGACUUUUGAAGAUGGGUAGACUUCAGAGAGGAAAAGAAGAAGAAGAGAACAUUGCAUCUAGUCUCCACUCUUAACUCUCCUCUUUCUUAUCUGGUCCUUACCUGGUCACUGGCUGUCUGAAUACCUGUUCACAUUGGAGCCAGAAAACCCUUAGGAUGCCUAGAGGGUGGUUGAACAUCACUGGUACCUCGAAGUCCCAGGGCUAGAGCUUAAGGGCCACUCUAGGGCCAUCAGCAAACAGACACAUGGUACAAAUGGCUAGAUGGUGCAAACUGAAUGAGAUCCAGCAGUGGUCUCCUCCACUGUCACUCACUUGAGUUAGGUGAUUGCACACAUCAUUUCCUUCUCCCCUGCUAUGUGACCUCAAGUCAGUCGGUUCCUCCCUCUAAGCCUCAGGCUUUGCUCUGUAAAAUGGAGAGAAUCAACCCUAUUUUUCAGGGAUAUGAGAUUGAAAUAAAAGAAUAUAUGUGCAUGUAUGUAUAUAUUUACAUGCACAUAUACACACAUU